CAAGCGUCGGAUAAGCCACUGGCCAGUUUUAUUCGGAACAUCUUAAGACCUUGACGUGACUGAGAAUACUUAAAAUAUAAAUAAAUAAAAUGGUGUCGAGGAUAUUGUGCCUGAUGAUGGUUAUCGGCUUGGCUUGUGGCGCCACCUUCAUGGGUAGACUUCCUAUGAAACCUAAGCAACAUGCUCACAAAACAGGCUGUUAUAUCAGAGAAAUUGAUGACGUCAUAGCCUACGGUGAUGAGGUCAGUCCAGUUGGCUUUUGUUACAGGAUAGAGUGCUCGAAACACUGGAUUUACUAUUCUUCAUGCGAAGUUAUAAGUACGGAUUCGUCAAGCUGUUUCGUCACUGACGAAGACCUCAGUAGACCGUAUCCAAGUUGCUGUCCGCAAGUGAAAUGUGAACAGGAUAAUUUUCUCGUCUAGUACCGUUUUGUAUUAGUUGUUAAUCGAAGACCUGACUGAUUUUAAAUACGAACAUAUAGCGGUUAUAGUGAAGAUUUCUACAGGAAUUAAUUGAUCUUAAAAUUUAAAAAUGUAAGUCUCAUUAGUAUUAAGUUGGAGAAUAAGAAUUAUUUUUUAUAAUUACGAGUAUAAAAUACUUCAAAAAAUGACAAAACGUAUUAAAAAGUGUAUGAAAAACAUUAAUGCAAGCAGCAUUAAUCACAGAAAAAGUCAUGCAAAAGUUUUAGUCACAAGAGAUUCAAGAAUCUCGAUUUUGUGACGUAAUGUGACAUGAAUCGUGGCGUGAUAUGAUGCAGGAACGUCACUUGCAAGUUGUCAAAUAUUCGUCAAUGUGUGCAGAUGAUAUUGACAGUGUCGGAAUAUAAUUAUGCUUACAGAGAAAAGUCUUGUCAUACUUGUUGCGUGAAGACUUAAUAUCAUAGCAUCCCCAGUUGUUAUAGCAACUAUAAAUUCUUGGUAAAACAAUAUCCAAACGAUUGAACAACAGAAGAAACAGAUGCAAUACCAAAAUCGCGGUGUUGACCUAGGAAAUAGACGAUAUAUUAAUCUACGAUGCUAAAGAAAGCUUGCUUAUCCGUCGUAACUUAUUAAUUUGGACAUCGUGAAACAAAUUCGUAAUUAAAAAAGUUCUUCAAUGAUAAGUAGUUGUAAAAUUAUUGUGUUAAUUUGCGUUAGUGAUUGUUAGUGUGUUAUUAUCUUAGUGUUUAAGACAAAAAGGAAAAAGACUAGUGUUAAGGUGUACUAAACUGUCUCAUACUAUGAACUAGAGGUACUCCUUAAAGACUUAUCGAUAGAGUUCCUUAUGGGAGGUAGAGUUUAAAAUGAUUAAUUAUACUCUGACUCGAGAAGCUAUCUUGCCGCCAAAUUGUUAUUAUUUAUUUUAUUAAAUUAGUUUCAUUUUGUA